CUGGACGUGGAACCGGUGGCGACUGACGUCGCCUCCGCAUCCACGUCAGAGCGCCGGGAGCGAUCCGGGCUGGUGGGUCUUCUGUCAGAUUACCUGACGCUGACCAAGCCCCCGAUCAUCAGCCUCUUGCUGGUGACCGCGAUCGGAGGCAUGUUCCUGGCAUCGCGGCACAUGGGCGGAUCGGGCAUACCCGACCUGCUGACCAUGCUGCUGGUGUGCGUGGGUGGCUCGCUGGGAGCUGGCGGGGCCAACGCCAUCAACCAUUACAUGGACCAGGACAUCGACUCGCUGAUGUCGCGGACGGCGAAACGGCCGGUCCCGGGGCACCGAGUACGUCCGCUGGCAGCGCUGGCCUUCGGCAUCGGGCUCAACGUGGCGGCGUUCGCGGUGCUGGCGUACUGGGUGAACCUGCUGGCCGCGGGGCUGACGCUGGCGGCGACGCUGUUCUACGUGCUCGUAUACACCGGUUGGCUAAAGCGCAGCACACCGCACAAUAUAGUGAUCGGCGGGGCCGCCGGGAGCAUUCCGCCGGUGGUGGGCUGGGUCGCCGUUGCCGGCACCUUCGACCUGCCAGCGCUGUACCUGUUCACCAUCAUCUUCUUCUGGACUCCUCCACACUUCUGGGCGCUGUCGCUGCUGAUCCAAGGGGACUACGAGCGCGCCGGCAUACCCAUGCUUCCGGUGGUGGCAGGGACGGAAAAGACGGUGGGGAGCAUCUUCGUGUAUUCGCUGGUCCUGGUGGCGCUGACCCUAGUAUUCGCGGCCACCGGGGCCGUGGGCCUGCUAUACCUGGGCGCAGCGGCGUUCCUGGGCACUGCCUUCGUAUGGGCAGCGUGGCGGCUGCGACAGGACAUCAGCAGGCGGAAGGCCCGCAACCUGUACUUGUACUCGCUGCUGUACCUGGCGCUGCUGUUCGGCGCUAUGAUGGCGGACGGCGUGUACCGCUGGUGGGUGUGA